CCGGGUUCAUCGAAAACAAACCGGCUACAGAGAGCAGCUGUAGAGCAGAAAAACAGCUCAGGCUGCAGCAAUGAGCUACAGAAACGUCGUAAUUUGAAGCUGUCCUCUGAGUCUUUCUCAUUUGGCCCCAGCUGCUGCCCAGACGUAUCCACUGACACACUGAGUAAUAUGAUGGAGCCACGCAACCCUGGUAUGUCCACCGUCCCCCAGACGGCUGCAGCCCACACCGACUCCAGCACACCGGCUGUAGAGAUGGACCCAGUGGAGUACACCUUGAGGAAGCGCCUCCCUCGGAAACUCCCAAAGAGACGUAACGAUGUGUACGUUAACAUGAAGACUGAUUUCCGGGCUCAGUUGGCACGUUGUCAGAAGCUUCUGGAAGGUGGGGGUCACAGGGAGAUCUGCGUCCACGGCUUGGGCCUGGCCAUCAACAGGGCUAUUAAUAUUGCCCUGCAGCUGCAGGCCAGUAGUCAGGGGGCGCUGCAGCUGGCUGCCAACACUUCCACGGUGGAGCUCGUGGACGACCUGGAGCCGGAAGAUCCUGACGAGGCUGGGGAGCCCAUGACACGUACACGUAACAACUCUGCCAUUCACAUUAAGGUUUUCUACCCUGACCCUCAGUGACAUAAAUAGGUGUGACGGGUGUAUCAGGCAGAGAUUCUCUUAGCUGUUUUGUCCUAUUGGUUCCCCCACUGACAGCAGAGCAGAAAACAUUUUCUGAUGGAACUGUUUGUUUGGUGGCCUAUGAUGGCAGCAGCAGAGGACUGCAGGAUGGAGCAGACAGGGAUACAGUGUGUCUUCUGUAACAUAUUGGAAAUCUCCCAAAUGGAGAGGUUUAGUUGGCUUAGUUGACAUUUGUCAUGUGUUGUAUCCUGUUUUUUUUUAAAGUUUGCAUGAAUUGAACCAACAGUGGUGUUCACCAGGUCAAGCUUUGGUGUAAUGUAAUACGUGUUAACAUGGCUGUGCCAAAUGUAUACCUACAAGUAUAUUUAAUUUCAAAGUCCUCAAGUCUGCAAGUGUGUUCAGUUUUGUGUUCAAGUUUUGAAGGUACAAAUAAUAAUAAAAAAAAAGCUGUGGAAUCCUGAUUGCAGUAUAAGCAGGUGUUGUUAAUGUAAAUGUCCACUAGAUGUCGGUAGUUAGCCACAGUAAGCAUGUCUCCCUUAGCAAUUGAACUCAUAUAGCACCUUGUCACAAUAGUGUCUUCUCAAAUUGCUUACAGCAGAGGGUUCAGCUAAAGGUCAGGUGGCCUUGAAGUCUAUUUAACUGUGUUUUCAUAUAAUUGAACUGUUGCUUGUACCUAUUUUGUUGAAAACUGUUGUAGUGGAAGACAAUGUAUUUAAUUUCUAGUCAAAAAUAAAUCUUCAUGGAAAGUA